UGAGACUCCUAAUAGUCGAUUGCCCCUACUUUUGUUUUUGAUGAAAUGCUGAAAUCGCUUUCCACGAGUCAGCAGGUGGCAGGAUGGCAGAGUGACGCUCUAAGCAGAUGAGGUGUUUAACCCACAAGCCGAUCACACUGAACCGCAGAGUUUCAGAGUGGGAGCGGACGGCAGACUGAAGCAGCUCCAUUCAGUCCACAGCCCAAAGGAAAACCUUCCUGCGAGGGAGAGUGAGGAUGUAACUGGAACCAGGCCGCUGUGACAGCACGCCGGUUAUGGGAGCUCAGCAGGGGAUCUGUACCUUCACAAGCUGUAUGUGCAGCCACGCUGCGUGUCCAGUCUGCUGCUGCUGUCCAAGCAGCAGGAACUCCACAGUGACUAGAAUCAUCUACGCCUCCAUCCUGUUGUUGGGUACCUUUGUUGCCUGCAUAAUGCUCUCACCAGGAAUGGAGCAGCAACUCAGAAGGGUUCCGGGCUUCUGUGAUGACACGGACGGCUUCUUUAUUCCAGCCCAUCAGCCAUACUUGAAGUGUGAGAUGUUGGUGGGCUACAAAGCAGUUUACCGCUUCUGCUUCGGCAUGAGCAUGUGGUUCCUGAGCUUCUCCAUUUUUACACUGAACAUCAAGACCAGCAGAGACCCUCGUGCUUCCAUACACAAUGGAUACUGGUUCUACAAGUUUGUUGCCUUGGUGGCAAGUACAGUCGGUGCCUUUUACAUUCCAGAUGGGCCUUUCACCUACACGUGGUUUAUCAUAGGCUCUGGAGGAGCUUUCUUUUUCAUUCUCAUCCAACUGGUGCUGCUGGUGGACUUUGCUCACUCAUGGAAUGAGUCUUGGGUGGAAAAUAUGGAGAAAGGCAAUUCCAGAGGCUGGUACACGGUUCUGCUGGCCGUCAUGACCCUUAACUACGUCACCGCGUUUACUGCGGUUGUGUUGUGCUUCAUCUUCUACGCCAAACCUGAUGCUUGCUUCAUCAACAAGUUCUUCAUCAGCUUCAACGUGAUGCUGUGCGUCGUGGCCUCUGUUGUUUCCGUGCUGCGCAAAGUACAGGAAUUUCAGCCUCAUUCAGGAUUACUCCAGUCGUCUUUCAUCACCCUGUACACAGUGUUCCUGACCUGGUCUGCUAUGACCAAUGAGCCUGAUCGAGAGUGCAACCCCAACCUGCUCAGCGUCUUCCAGCAGAUCACGGCUCCCACAGUUUGGCCCCCGGAAACGGAAAACCAGACGGCCGUGGUGAUCAUCGGAGCCGAGGAACCGGUCCACACGUCCCCCUACUUACAGUGGUGGGAUGCCCAGAGCAUCGUGGGGCUGAUUAUUUUCGUUCUGUGCAUUCUUUACUCAAGCAUACGUUCCUCGAACACGAAUCAGGUCAACAAGUUGACCAUGGCCUCCAAGCAGCCGGCUGUCCUCGUCCAGGGGUCCAGCGGCAGCGACAUGUUGGAGGACUCCAUGGGGCCCAGGCGGGCGGAGGACAACGAGCAAGACAUGGUCCAGUACAGCUACUCCUUCUUCCACUUCAUGCUCUUCUUAGCUUCCCUCUACAUCAUGAUGACACUCACCAACUGGUACAGCCCAGACGCAGACUACACCAUAACAAGCAAGUGGCCGACCGUGUGGGUAAAGGUCUCCUCCAGCUGGUUGUGUUUGGCCCUUUACAUUUGGACCCUUGUGGCCCCUAUGAUAUUUCCCAACCGAGACUUCAGCUGACGCUGUGACGAGGGACAGAAUCAUUUCUUGCGGAGACGGACCUGGAUCGAUCGGCUAAUCUGUGUGACCCGGAUCUGUUUCUGCGAUCAGGUUAAGUGUGCCAAAACAUAACGUGCAGACGAUAAUGUUACUUGGACACGUGGCGACGGGCCACUGCUGCACGAAGGCAACGCCGGAUACUUUCACAGCCUUGAGAUGUGAAAGUAUCUCAAGGCCGUGUGACUGAGUCUACUCCCUCGCUUCCAACUAGUUAAUGAAAUCAGAAACACGCGGGAGUUUCUGAGAUCAGCAACAUGCAGCGUACAAAAUAUUCUAUCCCAGACAGAAGAAGCAGUUCAUCAGCCGCCUGGUGCAUUCCACAGAGCUCUCGCUCCUAAACCGCCUGAGGCUGACCGCACAGAGCUCUGCCCACCUCUCUUAUGACCUCGCACAGAGUUAGAAUAGCCGGUUUCAUGAGAUUCAUGGCACACAUCCCAUACAGUAUUUUUUUUGACUCAAACAUGGUCAGUUAGAAGAUUAAUACUUGAGCACCAACUAUAAAGCCUUAAAAAUACAAAGAUUUUAAAAAGUAAGCUAUGUUUAGCCUGCUAGGGGCACAAAUAAAGCCUGGUGACCCGCCAGGCUUAUAAUGCACUGGGAGAAACCCUGUUAUGCUCAAGACUUUUCUGAUUAGUUCUCAUGCUCUAACUAGUAGACGAUACGUCGAUUAAAUUGUGAGUGCAAAACAAAUGAAGUUGAAGCCUACUAAAAGCAGUGAUGCUCAAUCUAAUAUUUCCAGUAAACAGAGACGGGAGUGUUCAGAGUCAACUGCUGUAUUUUUAGGUUUGUGAGAUGAGAAAACCGUUUGCAUAGAUGUUGAGAAGAGAAAAUCUAUUUUUAUUAACAGCUUUGUUUUCCCAGGGUUUAUAAUUUAAACGAGUCCUUUAUGUACCCAACGCCCGUGUAAACAGAUAUGGGGUCUUAUGGAGAAACCCUAACAGGAGCGAUAUUUAUCAUUUGUAUGAUUAUUAUCAAUAAUAGAAAUAAUAGAAAUGAUGGUGAUAUCAAUUUUUUGUCAAUAUCUGUGAAUGAUAUUUUGACAACUGUUCGUUAUUAAGCUAAAACACGAGAAUAAUGCUUCAUUUUUUUUUAAUAUUCCGGUGUUUAUGGAGUGAUAUUUGAUAAAUGAUUUUUCCUUUUCAGUGAUUGGACUGUCAGUUUGUCUUGAAGGAGUCAAAAGAUCCUACAUAUCUCUGUAGAUAUGAUAAAAUUUAACUAGUAAUAAAUGCCAGGGGAAACUAUUAGUGAGUAAAGUUUAUUUACAAAGCGCCUUUCACAGAUAUAAAAUCACAAAGCGCUGUACAAUAAAAAUCUAUUUUAAGUUUUUAUUUUUAAGCUUUAUUUUACCAGGAUAAAAAAAAAAUACACAUUUUUCAAACGAAAGAAACAAGAACAGAAAAUCUCUCUAAUGUACAAUUAACCAAAAUUAGUACUUCAGAUGCUUCAUCGGAAAAUUACCAUGGUAAUGUUAUUACUGCGGUAAUUACCAUGUAGUUACUUUUUGGUUUUAUUUUCACUAAUAUUUUUAUGAGACCGAAAUCAAUAAAUGAAAGGUUUUUACGCAAUACUAAAUUAGAACUCAAUAACCUUUUGAAUUGUUUAUCCGAUUGCAGUGAUGGAUCUAAUCGUAUUUUGUACUACCAAGAUGGCAGCCUAAAACCCAUCACCCUCACUGGAUGUUAGCUUGCAACAGACAUACAGAAGCUAGCAAGCUUUUGGUUUAAAACCAUCUUUUAAGUCUUUAAGCAUCUUCUUUCUGUGUUGAUAUCUGUAUUCAUGACAAGUUCCUAUUUUCUGUUAAAUUAUGAAAAAUAAUAUCAUUCAUUUCUCAACCUCAUUCCAUUGCGGUUUUCCGUGGUUUCUGAGGUUCUGUGGGAAAUUUGAACACUUCUUUAAGAAUAACAGUACAAAUAGAUUUUGAUGCUUUUGAAGCACUCUGCCAACCAGGAACUUGACUUUAAGACUCCUGCUUGUUGACCACGCAGACUUUAUUCCAUGCUAAUCAAAUGUAUGCUCUUGGAGGAUGAGCCUGAUCUAUACACCGUAAUUGGAUCAAAA